CUCCCCCGACCACCUGCCCGCCAAAAAUGGGACAGACGCACCAGACGGAGCAGAAUGACCCGGAGAUCGAUGUCAAGUCGCUCCAGGACAUGUACAAAAAGUUUGUGACGGAGUGCCCGAGCGGUGUUUUAUUUAUCCACGAGUUCAAGCGUUUUUUUGGCAUCGACCCAACUGGGGAAGUCUCUGAGUAUGCGGAGAGCAUGUUUCGAGCUUUUGACAAGAACGGGGAUAACACCAUUGAUUUUCUGGAGUUUGUGGCAGCCUUGAAUCUGGUCUUCCGGGGGGACUUGGAGCACAAAUUACGCUGGUCAUUUAAAGUAUACGACAAGGACAGCAACGGCUAUGUAGAUAGGACAGAACUGCGAGCUAUUAUUGAUAGUAUAUAUCGAUUAAAGAAGACGUCCAAGAGAGAGCAGGAGGGUAUGCAGCUGUCGGUGAAUGAAGUGUGUGAAAGAAUACUGAAGACUGUGGAUGUGGACAGGGACGGUCACAUCACCCUGGAGGAGUUCAUCAAGGGGGCCCAGGGAGACCCAUGGAUCAUGAACAUGCUCCAACUGGACAUGAACCCUUAUGGCUGGGUGCUGGAACAGAGAAGGAAGAGCGCAUACUUUUAAAAUGACUGGAAAGACAAAAGCAUCUUCAUUUAACAUUUUUAUUUAAUCCCCCCCCCUUUAUUUUCUUAAACUAAAUUAGGUUCCAAAUCAUAAUUGCACAUAAUAGG